AUGUCAUCCAAGACCGUUGAGAGUUCCGAGAAGCAACAGAGGGGCGACGUUACCAGUGCGAAGGCUUCUAAGAAGGAGGCCAAGUUGCAGUUCCAGUUGAAGGUGCCAAAGGGCACGAAGGACUGGGCUGAUAAGGACAUGGUGAUCCGUGAGGCCAUUUUCAACUCGUUGUCGUCGCUGUUCAAGAGACACGGUGGUGUCACCAUUGACACGCCUGUGUUUGAGUUGCGUGAGAUCCUUGCUGGUAAGUACGGUGAGGACUCCAAGCUGAUCUACAACUUGGAGGACCAGGGUGGAGAGCUGUGCUCCUUGAGAUACGACCUGACGGUGCCAUUUGCCCGCUAUGUUGCCAUGAACAACAUCCAGAACAUCAAGCGUUAUCACAUUGCGAAGGUGUACAGACGUGACCAGCCAGCAAUGACCAAAGGCCGUAUGAGAGAGUUCUACCAGUGCGACUUUGACGUUGCUGGUGUCUAUGACCGUAUGGUUCCAGAUUCCGAGGCGUUGUCCAUCUUGGUUGAAGGUUUGCAAGGAUUGGGAAUCAACGACUUCAAGAUCAAGAUCAACCAUAGAAAGAUCCUCGAUGGUAUCUUCAAAGUGUGUGGUGUUAAGGAUGAGGACGUUAGAAAGAUCUCCUCGGCGGUUGACAAGUUGGACAAGUCGCCAUGGGACGCCGUCAAGAAGGAGAUGGUUGUAGAGAAGGGCCAAACAGAGGAGACUGCUGAUAGAAUUGGUGAGUACGUCAAGCUCAACGGCUCUUUGGCUGAGGUUCUCGAAGUGUUGAAACAGAAGGAGGAACUCACGUCUAAUGAGUUUGCAGCACAGGGAUUGGAAGAUAUGGAGAUCCUGCUAACGUAUCUGGAUGCCUUUGACAUCACCGAUAAGGUGUCGUUCGACCUGUCACUAGCGAGAGGUCUUGAUUACUACACCGGCUUGAUCUACGAAUGUGUCACUGCUGCUAGUGCUCCACCUGAGAACGCUGCUGAGUUGAAGAAGAAGAAACAAGGUAAGGAGGAUGAGGACGCAUCUGAGUACGUGGGUGUUGGUUCCAUCGCUGCUGGUGGCCGUUAUGAUAACCUUGUGAACAUGUUCGCUACUGCCACUGGUAAGAAGAAUGUUUCCAUUCCAUGUGUUGGUGUCUCCUUUGGUGUUGAGAGAAUCUUCUCCUUGAUCAAAGCACGUGAGGCUGCAAAGACUGAGGAGUCCAUCAAGCCAACCGCCACGCAAGUGUUUGUCAUGGCCUUUGGUGGUGGUCCAGACUGGAAAGGUUUGUUGCCAGAGCGUAUGCGUAUUGCCAAACAACUGUGGAAUGUUGGUAUCGAAUCUGAAUACGUCUACAAGGCCAAGGUGAACCCAAGAAAGCAGUUCGAUGCAGCAGACAAGUCUGGUGCUAGCGUGGCUGUGAUCCUGGGUAAGGAGGAAUUUGCUGAGGGCAAGGUUAGAGUAAAGAGAUUGGGUCAACAGUUCGCUGAUGACGAUGGUGAGAUUGUUCCAUUGGAACAAGUUGUAUCCAAGGUCCAGGAGAAGCUGUCAGAGGCAAAGGACGACCACGGAUACGACAAUGUUACUCGUUUGCUAAAGGGAUUGUGA